AUGGGGAAAGGGGAAGUGGAGAGGGAAAGAAAAGGUGUGAUCUUUGAAGUCACGGGUAUAAAUGGAAAAGAUAAGCCGUUUCCUAGGGCAGGAGAAGGCGUUGUCUUUGGGGAAGGCACUGGGGCAGUGUCCAGGGCUGGUCUGGGGUUCCUCCCUCCAGCUGGUCUCCAUCGUUUCUCUCUUCCUCUUCAGGAUGUGAAGAUCUUCCGAGCCCUGAUCUUGGGGGAGCUGGAGAAGGGGCAGAAUCAGUUCCAGGCGCUCUGCUUUGUCACCCGGCUGCAGCACAAUGAGAUUAUCCCCAGUGAGGCUAUGGCCAAGCUCCGGCAGAAAAACCCCCGUGCGGUGCGGCAGGCUGAAGAAGUGCGGAGUCUGGAGCAGCUACACAUGGACGUCGCUGUGAACUUCAGCCAGGCGGGCCUGCUGAGUCCCCAUCUCCGCAAUGUAUGUGCCGAGGCCGCUGAGGCCAUCUACACACGCCAGGAUGAUGUCCGCUUCUGGACGGAGCAGCGAGGUGUGGAUGGUUCAAUGUUCGAGGCCCUCCCCAAGGAGCAGACGGAGUUGCCCCGCUGUGGGCAAGUGAGGGACCGAGGAAAGCCCUGUGCCUGCCGCUACAGUCUGAGCCUGGCCUGGUACCCUUGCAUGCUCAAAUAUUGCCACAGCCGUGACCGGCCAGCACCAUACAAGUGCGGCAUCAGAAGCUGCAGGAAGAACUACAGUUUUGACUUCUAUGUACCCCAGAGGCAGUUGUGCCUCUGGGAUGAGGACCCCUAACUGUGGGGAGCUUGACCCAAGGAGAGCUGCUUGGGUCCACAAGUUCUUCACUGGCCACCAGAGGAUGUGGCAACCCUAUCUAGGGCCUCAGGUCCCUUCCUGUGCCUCACAUGCUGAAGCCACGGCCUCAUUUGCCUGACUGUGAAAGGGUGUCGCCCAGCAGGGACAACCUUGGGCAGCCCUGAUGCCUACCUGUGCCCAUCUGGGGACAGAGAGGGAUAAAUCAUUCUGCAGACUGGUGCCCUUCCCUCUACAUGUCCCCUGAAAUGUCCCACAUACAUGCAAUCAAAAUGCACAGGCCCAGGUUUCUUCUGUGGAACUUGUUCCGGGGGUGUAUGUGCCGACAUCAUGCCUACCCCACCAACAAAGGGACCUUUGACCAGAGAGGAACUUCUGGGGACUCAUGUCCCAACUCCCGUGUCUGAAGUGCUUUCUCUCUGCCUUGGAGGCACCGGGGAGCAGGAGACUGCUGCCCCAGAGAUCACCACAUGUGCCUUUCCUGGGACCAAACUUGGCUGCUUCAGCAAGCAAACACCAAUUCUUCCUCCCGUUGGACUGAAGUACUUCGGCAAGGUUCUGGGGCAGGAAGAGAGCAUGAAGUACAAGGAAAACUUGAAUUCCAGAUUUUUAAUGCAAAAUAUUUAUCGUUUGUACCAGAAAUAAAAGUUUUUAAAAAGU